AUAGAUGAAGACAAGUGUUUCUAACCUCAAUCAAUUGCCGAGGUUUGAAGUUUGUUGUAUGUUGAAGUUGCUGAAUUGUUGAUUCCUAAAACGGGAUUUAAUAGCAUAUAGCACGGGACAAUCUCAUUUUCGCGCAUAAAUAAGUGGUUUUGGAAAAGCGAAUUUCCAGUUUGUGUUUUAGAAAAAGCUAAAAAUUCGGAGGGACGCAAACGACACGAUCACCUCUGAAAGAAUAUCGCGAUGUUGGACGGUGUAAAACAUAUAAUUUUAGUGCUAUCUGGAAAAGGCGGUGUGGGGAAGUCUACUGUUAGCACCCAGUUGGCACUAACACUAGUGGAAAGGGGAUUUCGGGUUGGCGUAUUGGACGUAGAUCUAUGUGGUCCCAGUGUUCCAUACUUACUACAGUUGGAAGGCAAAGCUGUACAUAAUGCUGACGGAGGAUGGAUACCAGUUUUCGCGGACGACAGUCAAAAUUUGGCAGUCAUUUCCAUAGGAUUUCUUCAAAACGACAGAAACACAGCGGUAAUUUGGCGCGGCCCCAAAAAGACUGCAAUGAUCAAACAGUUCUUUACGGAUGUGCGUUGGGGAGAACGAGAUUAUCUUAUCAUAGACACUCCUCCUGGCACUUCCGAUGAACACAUCACAGUGAUGGAAAACCUAAAAACCAUUAAGUGCGAUGGGGCUGUGAUUGUCACGACCCCACAAGAAAUGUCCAUUGAAGAUGUGAGGAAGGAAAUCACAUUUUGUAGGAAAACCGGCAUUCCGAUCCUCGGGUUAAUUGAGAACAUGAGUGGAUUUGUUUGUCCUCACUGCACAGAAUGUACAAACAUCUUUAGCAAGGGAGGUGGAGAGUCGUUAGCUCAACUAUCUAAAAUACCUUUUUUGGGCUCUCUGCCUAUUGAUCCCCGGGUGGGUGAGAUGUUGGGCAUAGCUUGCAUUAAACAACUGCCUAACUCACCAGCAGCACUGGUUUUCAGUCAAAUUGUAGAUAAAGUGUGUAAAUAGCUCAAAAUAAGGUUUAUUUGCUCUAAUACUUUAAGUCUUAAUACAUACAUAAAUAUUACAUUUUUAUUAGCCAGAGACAUAUUCAGUUAUUAAGGUAUAUAAAAUGAAACUAGCGUUAAGUUUUGAUUUGACUAUUGAUUUGUUAGGUCCCACACUGUUCCAAUAGGAUCUUGUAUACAAUAUAAACGUAAAUGACUAAUUCA